CGUGGAAAUUGACUAAAGUCUCUCCGCUUUCUUUGUUUCUUGUGUGUUGGGACUUGGGACGGCGGGAGCGAUCAGCGAGCCGUUGGGAAAUGUAUGCGCUGAAUCUCCGUCCAUCGAUAUACGAGUUCCCACGCUCGCCCAAUCCCAGAUCUUUACCACAGCUUCGCCCUCUGCUUCACUCUUCCUUCCCUCUUCUGCACCCACAAAUCCUUUCUCCAACUCGAUUCACCCGAAUUCCCAUCACUUCUUCUACAACUUCCUUUUCUAAUUUUCCCACAGAUUCUCCGGAAAAUGGCGGAGACGAUUCAACUCUCAAUCACACCACAUUGCCUUCUGGCAAGCAGUUCUUGGAAAACGCCUCGUGGAUUGGUCUCGCUACUAUUACUAGCAAAAUCAUGGGAUUACUGCGGGAAAUUGUAAUGGCUUCGGUUUUCGGGAUUGGGCCAGUAGCAAUUGCAUUUAGGAUUUGCUGCAUCCGUCCUUGGUGGUGUAAAUGGUCCAAUCCAUAUUACAAUGACUACAACUCUAAGAGGAGCGUCAAAAGAAGCUAUUUCAGCAUACAAGUAUCAUCUUGUUCCUGGUAUGCAAGCAAAUUAAGCACUUUUAUCAUUCCAUCUUCUGCUACUCAUAAUUAUGAUCUAACAAAUAAUGGUGCUACACAGGGAGGAAGUGUUUUUGCUGCUCUAGUAUUCAUAUUUGCUGAGUUUAUAAUUCAUGCUUAUGCACCUGGUUUAUGGACCUUGGUAGAAGGUGAAGCAACUAGAGAAAUAGCUAUUAAGCAGUUGAAAGUAAUGAGUUCCUGCAUAGCUGUUGCUGGACCUAUCGGACUUGGCUAUGCAUUUAUGAGUACAAAGGGUAAAAAUGUCCUUCCUGCUAUUUUCCCCACAUUUUCUAGCCUGAUCCUGAUUGCCAGUUGCAUCUUUUAUACUUUCUGUGGACAAGGAAAUGCUCCUUACUAUGGAGGGGUUCUUUUGUCUUUUGGAGCUGCAUUUGGCUUAUUUUUGCAGUGGGUAACGCAGGCUCUAGUGCUUAAGGGAGCAUGGCAUAUCAAUGUUCCAUAUCUGCAGAUUGAUACAUUAGCCAGCUAUGAUGUCAGCAAGUUUUUCUCAUUGCUUCUGCCAGCAACAUUUAGUUCCGGCUUGGAGCAUAUUGCAUCAUUCACUGACCUAUAUUUUGCCUCACGUGUACCUGGUGCAGUGGCAGGUCUCUCAUAUGCAAAUCUUUUGGUGACUGCACCACUUGGAUUACUUUCAAGCACAAUUUUACUGCCACUUUUGCCUACUUUCUCCAAACUGGCAAAGAGUGCAUCCUGGACAGACCUCGCAGAAAAGCUAAGAAGUGCUAUUCUGCUAUGCAUGGUGGUUCUAUUACCCAUCUUGUCAACUGUGUCCACCUUAGCAGAACCAAUAAUCAGAGUCUUGUUUGAGCGUUUAGCAUUUAAUUCCUCUGCAACUUCUCUAGUAGCUUCACUUUUUAUUUGUUAUUCUAUUGGCACACCAUUCUUCAUUGUUAGAGAACUGUUAGUUGCAGUCUUUUAUUCCCUUGGAGAUGGACAGAGGCCUUUUCUGGUUAGCAUCAGUGCCAUUGCUCUAAAUGCCAUACUGGACUGGUUUUUGGUCUGCAGAUAUUUCCUUGGAGGACAAGGGCUGGCACUUUCAACGUCAGCCACAGCUGCACUUUCAGUUGUUAUUCUGAUCCUUCUUCUUCAGAAGAAGCUAGCAGGAGUAUUCCAUUAUGCUGAACUUAUAUAUCCUGCUUUGCUUCUAAGCAUUUGUUGCCUCGUCUCAAGCCUUACUACUUCCAUCACUCAUGAUUUAUUGGUCCAAAUGUUGACCUCAAUCUGCAGGAAGAGGUUAGGUAGGGUGGCAGAAGCUUUCUCCAUUUGUUUGGCCAGUGCUACUGGAAUCAUCAGCUUCUUUGUUCCAGUUAUAUUGGUUUAUUUUUCAGGAUUUAAGAUGCCUGGUUUAUCAGGGCUGCUGGGAUGGUUAACCAAUAAACCAGAAACUGUUCCUUAAUUCUCUUGCAAUAUGCCAAAAACAGAAAGCCCUGGAUUAUCAAGUUUGUCAUCCUUGGAAAAAGGCUGAUUACAAGUUUCCUCUUGAGAAAGUUUGUGGAAAUCAAACCCAAGGUACUUGUUCAAGCAUGCAAUGAUCUUUGAUCACUAGUACAAAAUUGAACAAAGAACACUGACUUUUAACAACAGUCUCGAAAAGUCCAAGGCUUUCUGCGACCCUAGUAUCUGCGACUGUUGUACAACAGUUGCGAAACGUCCUUUACAACAGUCGUGGAUUAGUUGUUCUGUACUAGUGGAUGGUAAUGUGGAGACUUUGAAGUAGAUAUAGCUCAUACACAAACAAAACAAUUUUUUUUUUCCUUGACUGUUCAUUGGGGAGAUAUAUUCGAAUGGCUCACAAGAUAUAUUGUAGGUUUAAUUAGAGAAUGAGCAUUCUUUGUCCCAUUCUUUAGUCAACAUAUAGCUGUCGUUUCCCAAACACUUUAAUAGCCAUAGAAUUGGCUGUCUGCUGUUUAAAACACUAAUUGGAUAUGCAAGUCAACCUUAAAUA